UGCACUACCUUCCUUUUAUGGAAAGUUCCACUGAUCAUGGCGUUUCAGGAAUAAGUUUAAAGAUGGUAGCUUUUCUGGGGUAUCAUUUUUUACGGACAGAGGAGAUCAAUUAAUGCUACUCUGCAACUGUAAAUACCAUCACCCAACCUACCCUUUCCUGCCUUUUCGAGAGCCGAAAAACCUGUACAUUUUAUGGCGCCAUUUUUACCGAAACACGGUAAAAAAAUUUUUGUAAUGGGCCUGAAUUCUGAUAAGUUUGCAUGUUUUCGGCUUUUGCACUACCUUGAGAUUCUUUUCUUGAAAUGAAGCUGGAAAACAGGAUAUUGAAGCCGAUCACAAGCUCUAGGAAACCAGGUUCAUGUUCGAGGAUUCAUUACAAUGUUCAAUUUUCAAUAGCACUGCCGGUCUCCUUAAUAAUGACAUAUUUGAGAAAUAAAAUGAUGAAGAUACUUGGUGUUUUCUAUGAUGAAGGGUCAUCUUCUGAUUAAUAGAGCGAGAAUUUGAGCAGGCCGAGACAGUAAUUGAAAGUUAAUGUAACUCGAUGAAGUCUAUUUGGGGUUUUCUCAAGCUUAGAACCCUAAUUUUGUUUACUGUUGUUCUAUCAUUUAUCUCUGAAGUCCAUGCUCGCAUUACAAGUAAUGAUGUUUAUGAAGGCCAACAACUGAUUAGAAGCUCAAGACACUUAGACUCCCUUCUUCAGGGUCAUGCCUAUAAGGCCUUCAUCCAUCCACACACUGGUGUUAUUUAUGGAGCUUCUGUUCCCUCAAAUAUGACUGGCAUUGAGCUCAGAGUUGUGAGGCUUCGGAGUGGGAGCAUGAGGGUGAGAGGCCUCGGAUAUAGAGAGUUUUCGAUCCCACGAGGAGUUAUAGAGACACCUUACGUGAAGAGGCUUGCAUUGGUUUAUCAAAAUCUUAGCAACUGGUCUUCGUAUUAUUAUGACGUGCCGGGUUAUUCUUUUAUCACCCCAGUUUUGGGUCUUCUCGGUUACAAUGCUUUGAAUCUCUCAGCAACCAAUUUACCAGAGCUUAGUUUACGAGCAAGCAUGAAACCCAUUUCGAUCAAUUUCAGUGGGAUGAUAGUGCCCAGGGGAGCCCAGGCCAAGUGUGUCCAGUUCCAUUUAAAUGGGUCAAUUGAACUUAGUGAUAUGGUUUUGCCCAAUGUUUGCUAUACUUCAACUCAAGGCCACUUUGCUGUGAUUAUUGAAUCGAAAACUCCAUCCUUAUCUCCAUCUCCUGAAUCGAGUCCACAACCGAUCCAUAAAAAGAAGGAUCAUUUGAGAGCGUGGAAAAUUGCAGUUGGUUCAGUGGUUGCAGGGGUAGCUGGGUUGGGUUUGUUGGGUCUAAUUGCAUAUGUGUUCUUGCGAUAUAGAAAGAGAUCGAAUUUGGUUAAUAUGGAAAAGCAGGCUAUUGAAGGGGAGAAUUUGCGUAUCGAGGAGGUGGGGAAUAUGAGAGCACCUGUGGCGGCUGAGAUCCGAACAAGACCGGCUUUGGAGAAUGAAGAUUUUCAGUGAAAUUGCUGAUGUAUUUUUGGUGGGGUUUCCUUGUUUAUUUCAUUUAUUUGAAUUGUUUUGAUUAUCACUUCCCAACUUAGGUUUUAGAAGAAUUCUUUUCAAAUCAUUAAAGGAAGGGUUGGAAUGGAGGAGACUAAGAGAUGGCUCUUUUGUUUUUUGAGUAUGGGUAUAGACCUUCCAUUCAAAAAAAGCAACAGAUUUUGUGCAUUUAUUUAGUGUCUUUGGGAGAUUGUAG